UGCUAUUAUACUUUCUGCUCUCUCCAACUCCAACGAUGGUUUCCUGCAAACUUCUUUUUGCUUUGCUUCUGAUCUUCUUUUUUGUUCUUCCUCCUUCAUCUAAUGCUCAUCUUCUCAAGGCUUGUCAGUUUCAGGCCAUAUAUAACCUUGGGGAUUCAAUAUCCGACACCGGCAAUUUGAUCCACGAGGACCCUGCUUCUGUGUUUGGCAGGCUUCCCUAUGGCCAGAACUUUUACAGGAAUGCAACUGGUAGAUGCUCCAAUGGCUUGCUCAUUAUUGACUUCAUCGCAAAAUCAGCUGGUAUUCCCCUCCUUGAUGCGUACUUGAAUGCUAGUUCCAGCAAGACACAUGGGGUGAAUUUUGCAGUUGCUGGGUCUAAUGCUUUGCCUGUGGAAUUUCUAGCAGAAAACAGAGUCAUUGCCCCUGUUACCAAUAGUUCACUUAGCACACAACUUGGCUGGAUGGAUACCCAUUUCAAUUCAACUUGCCAAAAUUCCAAAGCUUGUACUGAGAAACAUAAAAAAUCUCUGUUCAUGGUUGGGGAGAUUGGAGGCAAUGACUAUAACUAUGCAUUCUUUCAAGGCAAGACCAUUGAUGAGUUGAAUUCCAUGGUACCCAAUGUUGUUAAAGCCAUCAAAGAAGCUGUCAUGAGGGUUAUUGGAUUUGGUGCUGCUCGAGUUGUUGUUCCUGGAAAUUUUCCUAUUGGCUGCAUGCCCAUAUACCUUACAGGAUUUCACACCAAUGAUUCUGGUGCAUAUGAUGAAUUUCAUUGCCUCAAAGGACUGAACAACUUCUCAAUGUUUCACAAUGAACAACUCCAGCAAGCAAUUGAAGAACUGCAACAAGAGCAUCCACAUGUGAUUAUAGUAUAUGGUGAUUACUACAAUGCUUUCAAGUGGGUUUUGCAAAAGGCUGCAAUACUAGGAUUUGAUACGAAAUCAUUGCAAAAAGCUUGUUGUGGGAGUGGAGGUGACUAUGAUUUCAGUCUUGAAAGAUUAUGUGGAGCUCCUAAUGUGCAAGUUUGUGAUAAACCUCAAGAACGUAUGAGUUGGGAUGGGAUACAUUUGACGCAGAAGGCCUAUUUCUUCACGGCACGAUGGCUCAUUCGUGACAUCUUUCGAAAGCUUCAAUGUGUUUCUUGA